AUGGUUCAAGUAUUAGAUGCAGGUUACGGUUAUGGUUUUGUUGUGGGGCUUGGUGCGGCCUUCGCCCUUAUAAUGAUAUUUGUCACCAAAGUUCUAACAAGAUAUAUGGGAGAAGUUCAGGAUUCUGAACAUUUCUCAACUGCCUCACGGUCUGUCAAGUCAGGUCUGAUUUCUUCCGCAGUGGUGUCCUCAUGGUGUUGGCCGGGCACCCUUCUUUCUUCGUGUGUUUAUACUUACAGAUAUGGUGUUGCUGGUGGUUACUGGUACGGUAUUAGUGGGAUCAGUCAUUCUAUGCUUUUUACACUGAUUGCUCUUCAAAUGAAAAGAAAGGCUACAGGCGCUCACACAAUUGUGGAAAUUGUGAAAGCGCGUUUUGGAAAAGCGGCUCAUUGUGUUUACUUAUUCUAUUCUUGUGGUACAAACACUAUUAUUGCCAGCAUGCUUUUGCUUGGUUGCUCCCAAGCAUUUGCGCACAUCGCAGAUAUCCAUAUUGUGGCAUGCGCCUUCUUGUUUCCGAUUAGUGUUGCCGCCUACACGAUGCUUGGUGGACUUAAGAGUACCUUCUUAAGUGAUUGGAUCCACACAGUUAUCAUAUAUCUGGUUAUUAUUUGUUCUGUCCUCAUAUGCUACACUUCUUCUGAUUUGAUUGGAUCAACAGACAGGAUGUGGGAUCUUCUGCAGGAAGUUUCCCUCACACACCCCUCUGCGGGCCACGAGGGCAGUUACCUGACUUUCUCUAACAGAAGUCUGGUGAUGCUUGCUUGGAGUCAGAUUAUGAGUGGAUGGGCCACUGUGUUCGCUGAUCCAUCAUAUGGUCAAAAGGCAAUCGCUGCCAAACCGUUGUCGACCAUUUCUGGUUAUGUUAUUGGGUCUCUCUGUUGGUUUAUCAUUCCAUGGUGUUUCGGUCUUGGAACUGCUCUGGCUGCGUUAGCUCUCACUAACAAUCCCGUUUCUUUGACCUACCCUAAUACUAUCUCAACCCAAGAAGUAAAUAUGGGAAUGCCUCUCUUGUACGGUCUUUAUGCUCUGAUGGGCAAGUCUGGAGCCGCUGCUGGUCUUUUGGUUCUUUUUAUGUCAUGCACGUCUUCUCUGUCCGCAGAGCUUGUCUCCUUUUCAUCAGUUAUGACGUACGAUGUCUACAGAUCUUAUAUCAAGCCCGAUGCCACCGGAAAACAGCUUGUCAGAGUCUCCCACUUUUUUGUGAUUACGUUUGCCCUUUUUGUUGGUGGAUUGACGGUAAUGUUCAACUACAUUGGGAUCACAAUUUCUUGGAUUUUAACAUUUAUAGGUAUCGUUUUGGGUGCUGCUCCUGUUGGAAUUACACUCACACUUUUCUGGGGAAGAAUGAGCAAAUAUUGCUUCUACUACGCGUUGCCUUUAGGAUCACUAACUGGACUGGGCUGCUGGCUAGGCUCUGCUUAUCACUUUUACGGCACAGUAGACAAAGACACUCUUUCUUUUGUGAACUCGACCAUUAUUGCCAACUUCUCAACAUUUGGAGCGACAGUUCUUUAUUGUGUUAUUGUCAGUUUCAUUUUUCCUGAUAACAAUACCAUCGAUGGUCUCCAAGAUAAAUUUUUAGUAGGUGAUGAUGCAACGCUCCAGGAGAAGAAAGCAAUGCAGCUUGAUGAAGCAACAAAGAAUCAGCUUGAAAGAAUCUUUAAAUGGGCAGCUAUUGGAGUUUUCUCAAUUUGGGUGUCAUUUACAUUCGUGCUCCCCUUUCCAAUGUAUGGUCAGAAAUACAUUAUGUCUAAACCAUUUUUCAAAGGCUGGGUGGUUGUCAGUAUUAUUUGGCUUUUCAUCGCAUUUCUGUAUAUUACCUUCUACCCACUCUACGAAAGUAGAUCCUCUUUAUAUCACAUCUAUCGGAAGAUCACAGGUAAGGAAGGGAAAGCUACCAUUGAAUAUUUGGAGGGCAGUGAACUCGAACAAACUUCUAGUGAAGAAAACAAAGUAAGUCCUGUAGUAGAAGAAACUUCAGAAAAGAGCUCAGAACCUGCUUUAAAAGCUUAA